CUCUAAUUCCCCCUUCCUCUCCUCCCUUCUCUUCAUGAUGUUGCUUGACUCAAUAUUUGAGGACAAAUCCGAUGUAAAGACGACAAACGAUCCCCCUUCUUCAUCAUCAUCAGCUUCUUCCUCUUCAUUUCUGACACACACGUUUAUGUAUCAAGCCUUAAAUGUCUCUGAAAUCACAUAUAUUAUCCGGCGAGAGCUCCGCGGUCAUGACCUCAAGACUAUGGUUUUAGUCAAUCGUCUAUGGUGGAAAGCCUUUGGACCUUAUUUAUGGGAAAACAUCUAUAUUGACGCAAAUCCAGAGCAAGACGAUCGCCAGAUUAUUUUCCGUAAUGGACUUGCAGCCAAGCGUUUGACGCUGUCCAUCUACGACCCACAAGACACAAGAGGCACCGUCAGCUACGUAGCAGAACGAUGUCAAAAUGUGUCAGAGCUACAUCUUAAACUCUUCUCACCUAGCCUUGUGGAUGUGGAUGCAAUAGUGAUGCUCAAAGGCGAUGGUAACCCUUCGCUGGGAAAACCAUUCGGAUUACAACAUGAAACUCGUACGACACUACUGGACAGCCUCCUCACAAAAUUACCAUUCAUUACAGACCUUACCAUCUCACUUGCAGAUGAGAAACUCAAACCAGAGGUGCUUUGGUGCGUCACUAAAAUAUCAAGGCUUCAGAGACUGACAGUCAACGGUGGGUUGCCCACUAAAAACUAUAUUCUUCGCAGGAACUGGUCAUGCAGCUGGGAUUUACUCAUGCAAGUUGCACGGGAGUGUCCAACCUUAGAUUCAUUGUCGGUCGCAUGGGAGAGUCGACGACUCAUAGACACUAUACCCGAUAUUCAGGAUGUGGUGUUGGAGAAUAUGAGGGAGAUGUACUUCGCCAUUGAAGGAAUACAGGAAAUGACAGAUAACACACCAACCGUUACAUCAAUACCACUACCAGUGCCGUCAUUAAAGCGGCUUGACAUCUCCUGUUGUGAGACAUAUGACGGAUUAUUGGACCAAAUCCUUCAGUCAUGCUCAAAUCUUCGCGAAGUUACUUUCCAGUCAGUUAAAACAAUAGCUGGAACUCUUGACAAUUGCAUUCAAACGCUCACAAUCUUUUGCUCACGGCUGCGGGCCUUCAGCUUUGAACCUGCCACUGACGAUGACAGCGAUUAUAGCAAAGUGCUCCUGGAUGGCCCAUUGCUUAAUAUUCCAUGUUUAAAGCUUUCACUGGGUAGAGUUUCAUUAGAUUCGAUCCAGAGUGUCGGCCUAAGGUGGGACGGCGCUCAUUCUAUCACUGUGUUGGACAUCAGUAUCAACAACUAUAUGUUCCUUUUCAAGCUCAUGACGACAAUGACAGGAUUAGAACAUUUGACGCUCCGCGGUAGCCUCUAUGGCGUCUCAUGUGAGAGCCAUGAGGAUCUAUUGAAAUACUUUGAGAAUGAAAAGGUCCCCUAUCUGGCGCUGCCAGAGUUCGCCAGUCAAAGCACACUCAAGUCCUUGAACUUAACCCAGCUUGAGUUUGGUAGCCUCAAGUGCCAUCAGCUCUUCUUCGAUCGUGUUCAGAGGCUACCACAGUUGAGGCAGCUUGAGUUAAGUCAUCGUCAAGUUCAAGAUGCUAGGUUGGAAGAAACCUGGAUGGAUCUAGGUGAUCCACAGAUGAGUAGCGACAUUACACAAGGAAGGACCGGUUAUCCAUACACAAUCUUUAGUCCAGCGACCAUUAAGAUUCGAAGACGGCCCAACUACAAUAUGUAUGGUGUCGCUUAUGCAAACACUCUAGAUUCAGGCUAUGGGCCAGAGAAUGAACUGAGGACUAUGUACUAUACUCCAACUUGGGUAGCCGAUCAACAGCAGCAACUGCAAUACGAUGAUGUAGAGCGCAUUGUCAACUUGAUCCCGGAUAAGACCUUCCGUCACUUCCCUGCAGUUGAAUUUCUCUACAUCUAUGAUGACAGUCCCACCUAUAAUUUCAUUAAGGAGGAGCAUUAUUUGAGUGAGCACAUGGCCAGUGCACUGGUGCAAAUGAUGCCCAAACUUAAAGUUAUGGCUUUUGAUCGCAGUUUGGGUAUGGAUUUACGGGUAGUCAAGAGAGCUUUCUCGAAUAUCAUUUUUGACUGUAUUCACACAGGAACAAAUUAGUUGCUACACUGGAA